AUGUCGCCCUUCUACCUCGCUCGCGGUGCUUCCAAGCUAGUGAGAAGGAUUACCUCGGAGACAUCAGUCGAGCUCAAGAUUCUCUCCGACAAAUGGCGGCUUCUCCUCACUGGCCUCAUUUUCCAGUACAUCCAUGGUUUGGCCGCUCAUGGGGUUCAUUAUUUGCACCGGCCGGGGCCCACUCUUCAAGAUCUUGGCUUCAUGAUUCUUCCGGAGCUUGGGAAAGAAAGGGGUUACAUCAGUGAGACAUUGUUUACAUUCAUCUUCCUCACCUUUGUAUUGUGGACAUUUCAUCCUUUCAUCCUUCAGACUAAACGCUUCUACACUGUUCUGAUAUGGCGCAGGGUUCUUGCCUUCUUAUGUGCUUCUCAGUUUCUUCGAAUAAUUACAUUCUAUGCAACACAGCUUCCAGGACCUAAUUAUCAUUGUCGCAAGGGCUCACCUCUGGCUAGAUUACCACCUCCCCAGAAUGCAGCUGAGAUCUUUCUGAUUAAUUUCCCAAAAGGAGUGAUUUAUGGAUGUGGUGACUUGAUAUUUUCAUCCCACAUGAUUUUCACCCUAGUUUUUGUCAUAACAUACCAGAAAUAUGGAAGCAUAAGGUUUUGUAAGAUGCUUGCUUGGUGCAUAGCUAUUGCUCAGAGCCUUCUUAUUAUAUCUUCUCGCAAGCAUUACAGUGUUGAUGUUGUUGUUGCAUGGUAUACUGUGAAUUUGGUGGUUUUCUUUGUGGAUAAGAAGCUUACAGAACUUCCUGAUCGAUCAGUGGGGUCCACAUCAGUACUUCCUGUGAGUGCUAAGGAUAAAGAUACCAAGUUGAAAGAAGAAAAUACGAGAUUGCUGAACGGUAACUCUAUGGAUUCAGCUGAUCGGAGACCACGAACACAAAUGAAUGGAAAGCAAAUUGAGAAUGAAAGCCAUGUUGAUAGUGAAACUGUGAAAUCAUGA